AUGGCUCCAAACAUGAGGACCGAAGAACAUAUUCUAUACAAUGGAAAACCUCACUAUUUUCUGCUACUCCGUUCCGCCGGGUAUUAUUACGACAUCCCCUUCAAGCCGGUCGUAGCUGAUCCCCUGUUACCUCACUGGCCAUAUGAAAUUCUCGGCUCUGGGAAACUCCAUAUACGCCAUCGUAUUAUGCUGGGAGUGAACAAAGAUGAAGGUAUGUUCCACAUCAUUCAGGCUUUGCGGAAGUAUUUUUUGCAACACAACCAUUGGCCAGAAAUGCCCCGAGACUUUGAAUAUCAAGCAGGAACCACGGACCCCAUGGAUCUACUUGCGUUCUACAUUAUGGACGAGAACUUCCUACAUCCGACCUUACUUCAAGCGACCGUCUUUGAAUAUCAGGUGAGUGCACGUGUUCCUUCGACCUUAUCACACUACGGUAUGGCUGUUGAUCUGUUCGCUGAGCUUGGCAAUUGGCUUGCAAACGUUUCGUCACCAUACGAGGAGACAGACAGACGAGGAGGAGACCAUACGAGGAGACGAAGAGACAUCAUCAUCAGUCAUAUCCCCAGUAGGGCACUUGGGAAGACUGAUUGGCGGGCCAAAGAGGUUCUUCAAGCACUCAAUGAAGUCGGUGGUGAUUACAACAUCAAGUGUCCGGUGGUGGAGUUUGCUGAUUUCUAUUCACGCGCACCCAACUCACAAGUGUUUAUGUAUUCAUUCGAACAUCGGACCCAAGCUUCGCCAUGGCCUCAGUGGACUGGAGUCAUGCAAGGUUAUGAGGCUGAGUACAUUUUUGGAGCCCCAUUCAACCCGGACUACCAGAAACGAUUUUACAACUUUACUGACGAAGAAAGACGACUCAGUGAGGAAAUGAUGCGAUUUUGGACUAAUUUUGCGUCGACUGGGUCACCUAAUUUGAAUCCUGGCGAAUUUCACACAAGAAACCGCAACCUCUACUGGGAACGCUACACCUCCAAUGCCCCGACUAGUGGGACGACCUUCAAGGAGGAGAUGGUGUUGAAAUCCUCGCCGAAAUUGGUUGCUGACACGUCCAGGAAGCAUAUGGUCUUCAGACUUCCAGAGUCUUAUAUGGAACGAAAUCUUCAACGGCAUCGUUGCAUGUUUUGGCGCGAACAACUACCGCUGAUGCGGGAACAACUGUUGUUCAGUAAGCAACUGAAAGUGCUGCACCAGGCCACCCAUGUUCCCGUCGCCAAGAUAUUCGAGUUAUCGCGAUACAUGUAUAUUUGUAAUGCACUACUCAUGAGGUUGUUGAAAAUUCGUCGACAGCUCACGACCGGUUUCGCCCUUCUUGGGUCUCAUCGUGUAGGCGCAGUCCCCGAGUUUCCGUCAACCAACCGACGACGCUUUUCGUUCGGCUGUAGCACCCCUUCGGUGCCUAACUGCCAUGCCACCCGAAGUAGGCACGAGGGCUGGGAUACUGCCAGGUUGCCCAAGCCUAGACAGGGGAAGUCGGGAGGCAGAGGUCGGGUUCGAGCCACGGACCUUCCGGUCAAUGGCCCCUGCUCAACCGACAAAACGCAGACUGGAGGCAGGUCUCCUCCAGGCACCAUGGGCACCUUUUAUCCAGAGCCUCCAAAACGUUCACAGAAAGGGUCAAACAACAGUGGAAUAGGCAGGUCAUCCACUGCCCAUUACGAUCAUCACCUGUUCCUUAUUGCAGUGAUUCUAUUCGGGCAAAACCGACACCCUCUUAACUGGUUGACUUCGCUUCAAUCACAAUGCCACCUCGUGUCCUCGAACGAAUCACUCAGCGUGCCUGGACAUGUUAUCUACGGCAUGCUCGAGACCGUUAUUACUGUUCUCCAGACUAUUGUACGUCACAUUGGGACGAGAUGGCCCAAGUGGUUAGAGCGCGAAUUUGCUGACCGUAAGGUCCGUGGCUCGAACCCGACCUCUGUCUCUCGACUUCCCCUGUCUAGGCUUGGGCAACCUGGCAGUAUCCCAGCCCUCGUGCAACCUUCGGCUGGCAUGGCA